AUGAACAAUUAUUUUACAAAGUAUAUACCUAAUAUAAGAUUAGUUGACACUGGAGAUUCUGAUGAUCAUACUAUAAAACCCCCCACAAAUAGUCUGCCACAUAUCAAUUACAUACUUAUUUUCAAUCCAACAUUUGUAUCUCCGAAAACUGAAUCUGAUGAAGAAUUAAUCAAGCAAAUUAUAAUAUUCCUACAAGGCAAGGAGUUGUCAGAAUCACAAUUUUCACAAAUAGGACAAGUGAAAUUAAUUGGUUUAUUGAGAGGGAUUGAAUCACUUGGUGAGAGUUUCUCCAAUUUAUCCACAACAACAACAACAACAACAAUAGAUAAUAAACCGACAAUUCUUAAAUCGUUGGAUUCGUCAACUGUAAUGAUAGAAUUGGAGUCCAACUACUUUUUGGCCUGCAAUAUCGCCACUGGUUUUCAAACCGAUGACCAAACUGUUAAUGGAAUUAACCAACAAUUGAUAAAAUCAAUUAUACAAUCACAACGAUAUUUUGAAUUAUUUAAUAAAUCAAUAGAUUGCAUUUACAAGCAAUAUGGAAUUAAUUAUUUACAAGAUAGUUUAACAUCAUUUUGGAAUAAUUUUUUAACAACUUAUAAUUCACAAUCAAUAAAAAUUCCCAUAAGUCCAACAUCAUCAAUAAAUUGGUUUAAUGGUUUGAAUUAUCAAGGGUUUUUGGGAUUAUUACCAUAUGCACAAUACAAGAAAUCAACAAUUGUUAUAAAUCAACAAGUAAGAGAAGAUAUUGAGUUAUUUAUCAAUGCAAACAAAUCUGUUUCUGGUGUGCUAAUAAAUUAUUUUAAUCGAAAACUACCAAAACGGCAUGGUGUGGUGUAUAUGAAUAGUUUUGGAGACCAGUAUUUUGGUAAUAAUGAUGGGUUGAUUGAUAUUUAUAAUUGGUUGGAAUUCAAUGAGUAUCAUGAUAGUUUGGGAAAUUUGAAUAAUGGUGGUAUUUUGAGUAGUAAUGUAUCAGUAGCAAUAACAGCAACACAACAGGAUGGAGAAUCCCAAGAUGGAAUGGUGUCUGUAGACACAACUGAUACACAACUUGGGUUUGAUGUCAGUCUGAGUUUAAGAAUUCUAAAUCCAGUUAACUUGACAAAUAAUUUGGUUAUCUCUCCAAUUAAUUAUACAGUUUCAACUGUAAUGGAGGGAACCCAAGUGUCUAAUUGGUUGGCAAUGCCCCAGUUUAUUAAAAAGUUGACCGUGGGUGAUGACAACGAAACAGCAGAAGUACUUCCAAAUCAAUCAACUGACCAUAAUGAAGAUGGAAGUGAGGAGGAAGAGGAGCUAUCUGGUGAAUUCAUCAUAGGACUACAAUCUGAUGGGAAUAUAUUGAGACAAGUUAUUUAUUUGAAAACUAGAAAUAUGACUUAUCAAGAACAUCAAUUGGUGACCUAUCAUAAAGACGAAAUAUACAUUACUUUGGUAUGUGAAUCAAGUGAUGCAAAAUUUGAUCUGCCUGAGUUUUAUAAGUCUUUGGAAACUUCAAUGCUCAACCCGGUUAUUGAACAAAUUGAAAUUGUUGCUAUGGGAGGAAGUAUGUUACAAACAAGUGUAAACUCAAUACGAUCAUUGUACGUUCCUAAUGAUAUUGAUCAAGAUUUUUUUUACAUCACAUGUAAUCCUAAACAAAAGUAUUUCCAAAGUUCAUUACCUUAUUUACCACAUCUUUCAAAUAUGAAUAGUGAUAAUUUGACCAAAUAUCAACUCACAGCAUUAUAUUAUUUACAUAAUCAAUUGAGUAAUAUUUUCCAACCGAAAUUUUUCGAAAACCAACUUCAUGAAUUCUUUCAUAAAUUCACCAGCAAUAAAUUGAAUGAUUGGAUGUUUUAUUAUAUCAAAUAUCAUGACAAAUUUAUUAUAAUCAUGAAAAAUAAAAGUAAAAAUACAAGUUCGACGAUGACUAACAAUCAAUUGUCUGCUAGUGUACCACCUACCAUUGAAAGAUCAAUAGUCAAUAGGAUAUCUGAAGGGGUAUUAGAUUAUGCUAAAUUGGGGUUUUUAGAGAAUCUUGGAGAUGACGUUAAAUAUUGGUUAGGCACUCAACAAGGAGAGCUAGAGUCAGUAGAACGGCUAUCUUUGCUGUAA